CGGUGGGCGCGGAACGUGGAGUCGCGGAUACGGACGGUGACGUCGCAGAAGUGACCGCCCAGACGUUGGACGUUGAGGGUCUCUAAGAGAGAGCGGCUGAAGUUGUGAAGUGUCUUCUUGAAGCCCCCCCCCCCCCACACUUUGCAUUGUGAUGGAUGAGGGGACCCUCAGGCUGGCACAGGCCAAGCGAAGGAUGGAGCUGGAGGCGGAGCUUCGUGAGCUCAGCAACCAGGUCGCCGCUUUGGGGCGGAGCUUGGAGCAGGAAAGGGGGCGUGUCCUGUUGGAGGGCGGGGCCUUGAGGGCCAUGGAGAUGGCGGUGGGCGGAGCCAAAGCCAGAGUGGGCGGAGCCUGCAGGGCCCGGGAUCGAGCAUGGGAGCGGCUGAGACAGCAACAGGAGGCUGGGAGAGAUUUGUGGGCGGAGCUUGAGGCGGCGAGGAAGGCCAGGGAAGGGGCGGAGCUUCGGAGGAAGGAGGCGGAGUCACGGUGUAAAGACAUGGAGGAGGAGAUACGCAGCAUGAGAAAGGCCGUGGCAGCUGCCAAUCACGCCCGACAACGGGCAGAGCAGGAGCGGGAUGAAAUGUCAGGUCACGUGACCCCCCCAGCAACAACCACGGGGGAUCGGGAUCCUAUAGGGCUGCAGGAUGCGCUGGUGGAACUACGGGGUCACAACAGGGAACUGAUGGAGCUGCUGCAGCAACGGCAUGAGGAGGUGGGGGCCUAUAGGGCACCUAUAGGGGAAAUGGGGGCAUAUAGGGCAUCUAUAGGGGAAAUGGGGGCUUAUAGG